AGACGGCGAUGGCGCGAGUCAACGAGCUACACGUGCUUCGGGAGAGACUGCCGCUACCUUUGGCUCAUGGUAGUCUUCGCGAUUCGUGCACUUCUUCAUCUCUAGGUGUUUCAAGGCCAAUCCCUGCGUGGUGGAAAACUCGCCAAAAUAGGCCGACCGCAGCAAGUCAUGAUGUCACAAUCGACAAAGACAAGCUAGAAGCUAUCAGGAUUGCCUUUGCUGAGCUACAGACAGUGCGAAAGGAAUGUGCCAAGCAGCAAGACGAGGUUCACAAGCUUCGUAAAGAUACUGAAAUGUUGUCAGGAAGAUGCAAGAGAACCGAGACAGCUUGUCAGACUUUCCGAGCUAAGAUUGGUCGCGCGGAAGAGAGAGUUUCCGCUGAGGAACGCCAUGUAGCCAAACUCCACGCACGGUUAGCUGAGUACGAUGAGAGACCCCUGCAUGUGCUGAGCAGAGAUGCGGCAGUGAUGCGCUCUGACCUAUCUCAACUCUGGUCCACUCCAGGUGAGACAAACGUCCAGGCUCGCCAUGAACUGGAGGAGCUGUAUCGACUGUACGACCUUCGCAAACGCCUAGAUCUAGAUUUUGAUCCUAGUUAUCAGGAUUGCGAUGAAUGGAGCAAGCCUGUGGAUCGACUAGAUUCGCUGGUCAAGACGUCGAGACAGCAGCUGGAGAUCUGGAAUCCGGAGAUGGUCCAAAUUCUAGGAGUCCUCACUGAAAUGGCGACAUCUUUGGCUGAAAGUGCCAGUCGAUCACAACCAAAACCAACAGGAGCUUCAGUAGCAUCACCAGCAACAGCAGCAGCACCAGGACCAGCAACUGCAGCAGCAACAGCAGCAUCAACAACAGCAGCAGCUGUUGAAACAGAAGCAGCAACACCAGCACCAGAAGUAGCAACAGCAGCAGCGGCACCAACAGCAGCAGCAGCACCAGCAGCAGCACCAGCAGCACGAGCAACUGCAGCAGCAACUGUAGCAUCAACAACAGCAGCAGCUGCAGAAACACAAGCAGCAACACCAGCACCAGCUGUAGCAACAGCAGCAGCAGCAGCACCGGCACCAGCAUCAGUAGCAACAUUAGCAGCAGCAGUGGCAGCAGCCAAAGCAGCAACAGCACGAGCAGCAGUAGAAGCUACAGCAUCAGCAGCAGUGGCAGCAGGAAAAGCAGCAACUGCACGAGCAACGGCAGCAUCUGCAGCCCCACCAGCAGCACCAGUAGCAGCAGUAGUACCAGGAACCGUAACUGCAACAGCAAAGGAAAGAUUGGCAGCACUACUAAGAUCAAUGGAUGGAGAUACUUCGCAAACGCGAAGGACUAAAUGGACGCUGGUCUAGGAGGGCGCAGUUUUUGCACAAUGGCAGCCAGGAGUGCGCGCACGCGACAGCCACCAGCGCAAAGCGUUGUAGGCUGCGGCACGCCGGCAGGGAGAGCGAAUGAGACACUUCGCCGUGACCCACGUGAGCGGCUGAGCGCAUACAUCUCGUAACCAGGGAGUCGUAAAAUACGGUACUUUACGACUCCCUGCUCGUAACUCAAAGACAUUCGCAAACAGCAUCUGCAGCAGCAAGCGAUGUUUGUCUGUGAGUGUGUGUGUGUGUGUGUGCAUGUGUGUGUGUGUGUGUGUGUGUGGGUAUAUGUGUGUGUGUUUGUGUAUGCGUGUGUGUGUGUGUGUGUGUGUGUGUGUUCGUGUAUAUGUGUGUGUGUGUGUGUGUGUGUGUGUGUGUGUGUGUGUGUGUGUGUGUGUGUGUGUGUGUGUGUGUGUGUGUGUGUGUGUGUGUGUGUGUGCGUGUGCGUGUGUGUGCUCCAUCAACGCGGGCAUGGAGCUAAUGCGAGCGCAUGGCCCAAGGUACGCUGACUAGUUGGCGGAGGCUAGCCCGCUACAUGCACGGCCUCAGUAACGGAACUGCCACCGCAACACCGGCAUCGCACCAGCUGCGGAAUAUUGGAAUGUUUGGGACGGCGUAGUUUAUUGUGCCAAUGUGCCUAGCAAGUACUGCUUUUCUCUCUGAACAUUUUGAAAUCCCACACAUACAUGUGAUUGAUUACGUUGUUAUCAAUUUUUCGUUUCCUUUGUUUUGUUUUUCAAAUUCCUCCCAUGGCCACCAGUACCUUGGUAAGCUGCCAAGUGCACUUGCCUCAGUUACAUACACUGAUCUCAGUCCUCUAAAAAUAAUAUAAAAGCUGACAGGAUCGCUUUUCUAAAUAAUCAAUGCUGUAUGGUUAUUGACGUUGUACUCGAAAUUCUUUUCAGCUGCUAGGAGAAUUUGUCUGCAUAGCAGCUCCAUCUGCA